AUGGAAGCUGUGGCUAUUGAAGGCGUAAAAUUUAUACUGGAGAAGUUGUCUGCUGUAGCUGCUGAAGAAAUUAAUCUUGUGCGUGGUUUCAAGAACGAACUAGCAAACCUAAAAAAAUACUUGAAAAAGGUCAACCAAGUCUUGGAAGAUGCUGAGAAGCGCGAAAUCACUGAGAAGGCUGUUAAAAGCUGGCUCAAGGACCUCAAAGAUGUUGCAUAUGAUGCCGACAAUGGAUGUUUAAACUUCCCUUGCUGUACUACUACCACUCUGACAUUUCAAAGGGAGAUGGCUCACAAAAUCAAAGGCAUAAGUGCCAACUUCAAAAGCAUAAACAAGGAUGCUGAUGAACUUGGCCUCAAUAGAGAUUUCAAAUAUUGUCCUCUUUCAAAGCCUCCGGUCAUGGAAACUACCAGCUUCACUGUUGAUCCAAUUUUCAUUGGAAGAGAAAAUGAUAAAACAGAAAUUCUGAAGACGAUAACCAGGUCAUUCAAUAACGUCCUUUCAGUCCUUCCCAUAGUCGGAAUGGGAGGGCUUGGCAAGACGACUUUAGCACGCAACAUCUUCAAGCACCCUCUUACACAAACCCAUUUUGACGAAAGGAUUUGGGUCUGUGUAUCAGAAAAUUUUGAUAAGCUGGAUCUUUUUAAAAGGAUCCUGGAAAUAUUAUUGAAGCAAAAAUUUGAUGGAGAUAGCUUGGAAGCUGUUGUUCAAAAGACUGCAGAGGAAUUAAAAAACAAAAGAUACUUGCUUGUUCUCGAUGAUUUAUGGAAUGAAGAAGAAGAUGUUUGCCCAGUCAAAGACGGGCCCAGGCAGGAAGAUAGACCGGAGAUGAACAAUCGGGAGUCCUCCUGCCAUGCCCAAAAAGGAACAUAUCAUUAUGAUAAAAUUACUAAAAUUGCGAAAUCUCGAGAAGUAAUUGUAUCUCCAGCGCCUAAUUCCAAAAAGGGUUCCACCGGAUUUCAAGCUGAAGGAUCGGCACAAAGAAUAAUUCCACUGAUGAGUGUCGAGUGA